AUGGCCUGGAGCUCGAUGAAGUGCUCAUCAUUCUCUUGGCAGGGCCCCAAACUUGCGAUUGUGAUUUUGGCAUUGGAUUUCUGGGAUACAGUUUUGUGUCAGAUUGAGCCGCCUGUUUAUCAGCGGCAUAAAACAUCACUUCGGCAUCAAAUUUUCAUUCGGCCUGAAGUGCUCACGAUACGACCUUUUGUUUUGGGAGCCAUCCUGGUUGGCGUGCAAUUGGAUGCAGAUUCGUACGCUUCGUUCAUUGAUUUGCAGGACAAGCUACAUCAAAAUAUUUGCCGAAAGAGGUCACUUGUCGCUAUUGGCACACAUGAUUUGGAUACCGUGCAAGGACCAUUUUACUAUGGUGCUGAAAAGCCGCGCGAGAUUCGAUUCAGACCACUCAAUCAGGUAAAGGAAUAUACGGCCGAAGAGUUGAUGAUUUUAUAUUCGACGGAUAAUCAUUUAAAGCGAUAUCUUCCGAUCAUUGCUGGUGAAGAGCGGUAUCCAGUGAUUCGGGAUAGCAAUGGUGUGGUGCUCUCAAUGCCACCAAUAAUUAAUGGUGAACAUUCGAAAAUCCAUCUUGGAACCCGUAAUAUUUUAAUCGAAGUUACUGCAACCGAUUUGGAGAAGGCUACAAUUGUACUCAAUACACUUGUUGCUAUGUUCAGUCAGUACACCACAGCAAGUGCUGAGAGUGAUAACGCCUCGUUCCUCGUUGAACCGGUUGAAAUAGUGUCAGUUGAUGGUUCAAGGCAAGAAUACCCGGACUUGCGCGAAAGAUCGAUGACUGUGAGCGCUGCGAACAUCAAACAAAGAAUCGGUGUGGAUUUGAAAGCGGACGAAAUUUGCGAGUUGCUGAACAGAAUGUCAUUAAGGGCAAACCUCAAACAAGGAGAUAAGACCCGUGAUGCGGUGGAAGUUCAAAUCCCGAUAACACGAGCCGAUAUACUGCACGAAUGUGACGUAGCCGAGGAUGUCGCAAUCGCGUAUGGAUUCAAUCGAAUCGAACAGCAGUUCCCGAAAGCGAAUACGAUCGGCGAACCAUUUGCUUUGAAUAAGCUAACUGAUCUGCUCAGAUAUGACAUUGCUGCUGCUGGCUGGACCGAGACACUCAAUUUUGCAUUGUGCAGCCGCGACGAUAUCUCAGUGAAGUUGAAAAAACCCGAUAAUCUCAAAAAAGCCGUUAAAAUAUCAAAUCCGAAAACACUCGAAUUUCAGGUUGCCAGGACAACGUUAUUACCUGGUUUACUGAAAACACUUGCGUCAAAUAGAGAUAUGCCUUUACCGUUGCGAUUAUUCGAAAUACAGGAUGUGGUAUUGAAAGAUUCGACCUCAGAUCCGACAUUUUUGGAUGGUCGCUGUGCCAGGAUUGUUGGCCCCGGUGAUACAACAUUGGGUACAAUUGGUGUUUUGCAUCCUGAUGUGAUUACUGCUUUUGCACUUACACUGCCAAUUUCAGUGAUCGAUUUAAAUAUCGAACCAUUUUUGUGA